AUGUCUUCUCCAGUUACCUCGUGUUCACGUUCUGGUAGCGGUUCUACACCAGCUCCUCCAGUUAACACUCCAGCUUCACCACCAAGUCAACCUGUUUCUCUGCUGGACAACAACUCUCUAGCACAGGCAAUUUCAAAAGCUCUCGCGGAAUCAUUACCUCCAUUGCUAUCUUCCCUUCGAGAUUCAAGUGGCGGGAACACAAACAUGGCCGCGACGUCUGGUCCUCUCUCCUCUGCCUCUAAUUCAAUGCAGUCUCCGGCAUCCUCGAGCUCCGGUACUCCCUGCUCUACCUCCCAGUCUUCAGGUACGCUUGUUGUGCCCUCGUUUAUUUCACCUUACAGCUCAUUUGGCGGUCCUUCAGUUGUUUCUACUCUCCCGACCACGUCCUCCGCCAACUUGCCUGUAGUGGUUGGGGGCUCUUGUGGUGGCGCGACCAGAUCUGAGUCCUCUACGUUUCCAAACCUCAACAAAGCAUUUGUG